GAAAGCAGCGGAGGCGGAUAACGCGACGCAGAUGCGACGCGGCACUUUUGGCGUUAUUCUCUAGCGAAGUUCUGAAAAAGUGUAAUUGUGUUGUGUAGGAUUGGGUAACUAUCACACCAACAGCUGCACUUCAAAACGUCGUGGUGUGGUGACUCGCCAUAUUUCGUGACUUCAGAUAUACCUGCGGACGUCACACGAAAGCUUCACUGAACGAUGGGCGACCGGGCGAUUGCGAUAAAGUACAUCCGAAUUGCGGGUGUUGUUAGUGCAUACUGGCUAAUUUCAAUAUCCCUCGUUUUCAUCAACAACACCUUGCUGUCGGACAAAAAGAGGAAGCUUGAUGCCCCGCUGUUCAUCACGUUCUUUCAGUGUUUCGUGUCUUAUGUUCUGUGCGUGAUACUGAGCUUCCUCAGCGAGAAGCUUCCGAGUGUGUUUCAUUUCCCGAAGAUUAAUCACGACUUCAAUACCAUAAAAGAGCUGAUGCCGCUUUCUGCUUUUUUUGUUGCCAUGGUGACAUUCAACAACCUCUGCCUGAAGCAUGUUGGCGUCGCCUUCUACACCGUCAGCCGAUCACUAACGACUGUUUUCAACGUGAUGUUCACCUACUUCGUGCUGCGCCAGACCACAUCAGUGCCUGCCGUUGCGUGCUGCGGCAUUAUUGUGGCGGGUUUUCUUCUGGGAGUGAACCAGGAAGGUCACAUGGGAUCUUUGUCGGUGUUUGGUGUAACCUGUGGUGUGCUCGCCAGUGCAACCUUGUCGAUGUACAGUAUCUACACGAAGAAGAUGCUGCCGGUGGUUGGAGACAGUGUGUCGCUGCUGACAUUUUAUAACAACGUUAACGCCCUGUUGCUCUUCUUUCCCCUAGUCAUACUUUUUGGGGAGGUACCCGUCAUCUAUAAUUUUCCAUUUUUGUCGGACCCUGUGUUCUGGAGUCUUAUGCUUGUCAGUGGAGUCUUUGGUUUUCUGAUUGGCUAUGUAACAAUGCUGCAAAUUCAGGUUACAUCACCACUCACCCACAAUGUUAGUGGUACAGCUAAAGCUUGUACACAGACUGUACUUGCAGUAAUAUGGUUUUCUGAAGUGAAGUCCGUCUUGUGGUGGAUCAGCAAUGGUUUGGUACUUCUAGGUUCGGCGGCAUACACGCGUGUGCGCCAGCUUGAAAUGCUGAAACACCACAUGAACACAACAAAGUCCGAGGACAAAGGCAAGGACUCUAUCAUAAAAGUUUGAGGCUAGCUGCCGUACUUUUUGAUAGCUUCAGUUAUUGAAGAUUGUACCUCAGAUAAAAUUGCAUAGUUUUGUUCCUGACGCAGUGGUGGUAUAUCGUGCAAUUUAGUGUGUUUGGCGUAAUGAAGAUAAUGCUUGGAAACGUAUAAGAGGUUAUGGUGUAGUAGAGUAGUGGGAAUGAAAACUUCGUAUUCAUGCAAGGCUGUCCAGAAUAGUGCAAGUUUUGUCUGAAUCUUUUUUUUUUUUUUUUUCAUUCUGGCACUUUCUGUAUUCAUUUGUAAAAUUUGCCACCCUGGUUAAAGUAAUGUGCAUAAAAGCGUCUGAUUUCAACCUGUCUUUACAUUACUGGAUUUUGUACAUUUCAGCACAUAACUUUCAGUAUAAUUGGGAUCUCUUUUGUGUGAUACUUAAGACAGUGUGUGUUGCCUGGUGCACAGUCUAGAGCAAAUCCUGUAGAAAUAUUGCCAUGUGAUAAACUGAGCGAUGCAUCUUACAUGUGUACAUUGUUCUUGCAGGACCAUUCAUGCACGCUCAUUUCCAUUUGCCUAAAUAUUGUUCUAGUAAUAUCAACUUACCUGAAGCUCUAAACUCAUUUGAGGGGGGGGGGGGGGGGCGGUCAUGUUGAUAGUAUAAACUUUUAAAUACACAUUUAUGUCAGCAGCAGGCAAGUGUUUUUAUGUGAAUUGGUGGAAUCUGCCGUUCACAAACUUGAUUAGCCUAACUUGUCUGGAACAAUUCAAGAUUUCACGAGCCUUUCGUGAAGCUUCCAGGAGGUCUCACACCACAUUAUAGAGUACCAUUCCCAUUUUUUUGCAACAAUGCUAUGACUGGGCAGACUAAAUUAAGGUGCUGCUUUUUUACUGUGAGCUCCAACAUGGCACCAUAAUCAUUUAAAAUGAACUGUUAUUUCAGAAUAGUGUCAGUUUUAAUAACUUAGCUUUCUUUGUUUUUGGAUUCUCAUAGACAAGUAUUUUCACUGAUUAGCCACUAAAUCAUUAGAUACCUUCUCUUUAUUGUUUUCUUCUUUUUUAUUUUAUUUCUAGGAUUUUCUAGAUAGAUCACACGAUAUGGUUGGCAAAUAUGUGAAGAAAAAAAAAAAAAAAACAUCCGUCAGCUUGGGCAUAUGCUGAAUUGUGAAGAAAUAGGAAUGCUACCUGUUUCCUGAUAUAUAAUGCCUGCUCAUGCUCAUUGCCCAUGGGGAUGUCACGCACACUUAUAAGGUACAAAGGACCCAUUGCCAUUACAAAACUGUAAACAAAGCAUCAGCAUUUGUUUUUCAGAAUGGGUGAUUGCUUGUUCCUGUGAGAAGAGAAAGCAAGCUUUUUCUGUUUUCACCUCCGGUUUGCUUUCUGUGCAAGUGUUUGGACAGUAACUGACUGCUAUAUAUAAUUCACUUUCUUGAAAAGUUGCCUCAUCUAGUCAAAUAUACUGAGCACAGUUUGUGUCCAUGCAAGUGAAACAAUUAAAAGUCUACAUCUUGC